AUGACGCUUGAUACUUGUCCUCCACCUUCGGAACCGACACUCUCGUUCACACAGGGCCUUAUUGUCGGGCAGCUCUCAGUCGUCCUGGUCUUGGCCGCAUUCAUCAAGUUUUUUAUCUUCGGUGACCCGCCAUCUCCCGAUGUCACUGCCUCAUUGAGGGCCACGGAGCGCAGGUCAAGGACGCUCACUCACAAGCGUUCUCUCUUAAGUCUAAGGUCGCCCAGCGUCCGCAAGGGCAGCCAAACCCUGAACCGCAAAAAGUCGAGUGUCCUUCGCAACCCACCCGCGUUGACCAUUGGGUCGAUCCUGAGCAAGACGUACUACAAUGUCGACAGCCAUCAGCCAGAGAGCCUGGACUGGUUCAACGUCCUCGUGGCCCAGACCAUUGCGCAGUUCCGCAGUGAUGCUCAACACGACGAUGCCAUUCUCAACUCCCUCUCCAAAGCCCUGAACGGGACCUCGCGGCCCGAUUUUGUCGAUGAGAUCCGUGUUACGGAGCUGAGCCUCGGCGAGGAUUUCCCCAUUCUCAGCAACUGUCGCGUCAUCCCCGUCGAUGAAGAUGGUAUGAGUCUUGGCAACGGAAAGAAGUUUGACCCUGCCACGGCGGCGCGAGACGGCACCCGCCUCCAGGCCCGAAUGGACGUCGACCUAAGCGACAUGCUCACCCUCGCCGUCGAGACGAAGCUCUUGCUCAACUACCCCAAGAAGCUAUCCGCCGUAUUGCCCGUCGCCUUGGCCGUCUCGGUGGUGAGGUUCAGCGGCACGCUAUCCAUCUCCUUCAUACCUAGCAAUCCCUCACAGUCCACUCCUACUAUGAUGGCAUUUAACUUCCUUGACGACUACCGGCUAGACUUCUCGAUCCGAAGUCUUCUGGGCAGCCGAUCCCGGCUCCAAGACGUCCCCAAGAUUGCACAACUUGUCGAAUCACGCCUUCAUCGAUGGUUUGACGAGCGGGCUGUCGAGCCGCGAUUCCAGGAAAUCGCACUGCCGAGCUUGUGGCCGCGGAAGAAGAACACCAGGGGGCCAGACGAAGCGAUGGCUGAUACUGCUGCCUCUAUGAGCCGGUCCAAGAGCAGGGAAGUUGGGCGGGAUCCUCGAGAGGAAGGGCGCAAGGAAUCCACAGGCGAUGCUGAGGCGACACUCAGACAUCGGCGGAGAGUGAGGGACGAAGAAGACUUUCAGAUGCCGGGAUCUAUGCCGGGCCUUCAGAUGGAGAUGUAA